GUUGACACCAACAACAAUAGUGAAUGAAAUUUUUGGUUAAAUAUUGAUAUAGUUAUAUUGUGAUGCAGAAUUAUUAUUAUCGUUCGCAGGAAUGUAAAUAGAUUAUCUUGGGGUCCAAACUAUGGACACUUCGAAUGAGUGCUUUAUGAAGGCCAUUUUCGAAAACGAUUUAAAGUAUAUCAUCUUAAAUAAAGAUAUCCACAUAAAUAAAAUAUGUUCAAAUGGAAUGACUCUUGUGGGAGCUGCUGCACAAACUGGAAAUUUGGCCCUCUUAAAGCUCCUGUUGGAGUACCAUAAUCACAGGACUUCAAUGGAUCCAAGACCUAAACCUCAAUAUUUACAGCUAGAAUGUAAUAACCAAAACAUGUACAAGAACAUAGGAUACUUUGUUGUUUGUCGAGAUUUGGAGGAAAAUGACUUUGGUGAUGGUCCCACCCCUGAAGGUAUGGAGGGAUUAGAAUGGGACAUGGAGGUUAACGAUAGUAGUUUUCCUCAAGAAGAUGAUCCUGUAGAUGAUACAAUAAACAUGUACAAAUGGUAUGCCAGCAUUCUAAACCGCACUUCAGUAUUAUUAGAGUCUCCUGAUAAGGAUUUUGGUCGGUUGGACAGGCAUGGACAAAGCGUCUUGCAUUAUGCUGUCAAUUCUGGAAAUAUUGACAUGGUUGAAUAUCUUAUGGAUAAUUUAGGAAAAGACUUAAAUAUAAAUCAAAAUGAUGCUUGUUAUUUCAAUCCCCUGCACAUGGCAGCCGCGAAUGGAGACUCGGAAAUGGUUAGAUGUUUGCUGUGCAGAGGAGCAAGUGUAAAUGUUUACGGUGGCAGGCAAAGGCAAACUGCUCUUCAUGUGGCAGUUAGAGGAGGGCACAUGGCCGUCAUAAACCUCUUGUUAGAAUCGGGGUCCGACAUAAAUGCUCUAGAUGUGGAAGAAAAAUCUGUUUUAACAUUGUCAGUACGACAAGGCUGCGAAGAAGUUGUUAAAAUAUUAGUAACAAAUGGGGCGCGCGUCAACCACGAGGAACCUGGUGGAUUGACUCCACUAAGAUUAGCCGUAUGGUCUAAUAAUGCGGCAGUGGUAAAAAUUCUUCUUAAUGCGGGCGCUAGAAUAAUCCAUUCGCAUCAUUUGUUGCAUAACGCGAUAUCCAACAACAAUUUUAAAGUGGUGAAACUAUUAAUCGAAGCAGGAACGGCUCUCAACGUCAGAGACGAGCACGGGUAUACACCGUUAAUGCUAGCGUGUUCUAGAAAAAAUUUAUCCAUCAUCAGUUCCAGGUUAUUGUUGAGCAAAGGAGCGGACAUAAACGCCAUGAGUCACAUCGACGGUCGUACGGCGUUGCACGUUUGCGUCCAGGAUGUUCGCGUGCCGGCGAACAUUUACGACCUCUUGGAACUCCUGAUUAAUCAUGGGGCUAACAUGAACGCGCCCAGCUACCAGGGCAGUGUCCUAUUUUAUUCAAUUAUAUUAGAAAAUCUUCACGCCACAGUUUCCCUGAUACAACACGGAGCCGACGUGAAUCUUCGUGACGAGAGAGCAUUCGUUGACAUACUCAGCUUAGCCAAAAGAUAUGGCAAUUUGCAACUGGUAAGGAUGAUCGUGUACGCAGGUUUUCGUUUAUCGGGCAUGAGUCUGGAUCCCAAAACACUGCGCAAGGAUUCGAAUGAUCCGUCGUGCGAUUUUCUCGUUUCGGUAAAGACGAACCCUUUAAACCUAAGAGAACUGUGCAGAAUAGUCGUAAGGAGGAAAAUGGGGCCAAAAAGGCUUAUAUCAAGGAUCCGGGCACUCCCUUUGCCGCCGUUGUUACAUCGGUACCUCUCCCUGGAGAUAUUAUAGAUAGUUCUAUUUUAAUCAUGAUCUCAAUGCGUUAGUAUUUAUCUACUAGUCGUUUGUCUGGAUAGGUUUAUAGUCCUAGUAUUGUUUGCGUCAUUUUAGUAGCCGGCGUUUUUAAACUAGAAAUCUAAUUGAGAUUAGUUUUGUGUCUUUUCUUUUAGUAAAUGUCUUUAAAACAAGAUAUAUAGAUUGUGGGAUACAAAGGUCUCAAUAGUCUAGUAAUAAAUUCUGCCCAGUAAAUGCAUGCUAAAAUGUCAUCACUUGAUGAAAAGAAUUAACCUCACAAUCACUAUUCACCACAUGGCGGAAUUUCCGAACUGAAAAAUACGCUACCGCUGUAAAGUAUCAACGCGAUAUUAUUUUAUUAGGGUUUUGUUAACUUUAUAUGCUUUCUGUUUGUUGAAAUUCUAGUUAACCCCGAAAUGGAACACACUUUGCCUACUGAGAUUUCAGCAUAGACUAACUUUAUUUCUUUUUCUACUCCCGUGUGUAAAUUACCCACGGAUCUAGCGUGCGGGAAGCGCCACUUUACCAUGGACAUUUCCGAGAUUUUCGGAGAUAUUUCCCACGGUUUGAACUUUGCCGUUUGUUAAUUCUGACGGUAAUGUUAGUAAAUGUAUUCGUGUUGUUUUGCGAAAAUAUACCCAAAAACUAACGGUCGUAGAAAAAGUAUAGUAUGCAACACGUUCGGUAAACUUUUUAACUCACUCGUUUAUUAAAAACUCGCUCCGCUCGUAUCAAAUAAACUCGUGAAUCAAAUGCUGUUUACUGUACUUGUUGCAUAAUAUACUAUUAUCGUUAACUUUGAAAAACGACAUUUUACUGAGCACGCACACUGGUAUACUUCAUAAACAUGCCAACAGAUGGGCUUACUAAAUAACACUGUUAAAUAGUAGAAUAGUGGAUGUAGAUAUGUUAAUUUAAUUAAUUCAGGACGUCCAAGUGUUUGCGAUAAAAGGGUGGACGAAUAUAAGGGAAAAGAAGAUGUUGGUAAAUAACUAAACCUAUUAUAGAAUAUGUAGAAAUUAGUGUCGUUUGAUGUUAAAUAGUGUUUUGUAUAUUUGUUAUCUGAAGUGAUAGAGGCGCAGUGCCAAUAAAUUUGGGAAAUAGUGUUCGUCUUAAGCGGAUGUAUUUAGAUUUCUUGUAUUCACGCUGAUAACCAGGCCAGGUGGAAUCGAUAUCCCAUGUGAGAUAAUUGCAGGAGCCCUAAGAAGCAUCGGUCGUCAUUUAGAAGUUGUUCCACUAUAUGAAUAUGUUAACAAACCUGGAGGAUGAUGGGUUAGUCCACACCCUUUCAGUAGGAAGCAUCAUUUAGGAAUUUUGAAUUCUAUUUACCAAUAUUUGUAACAAAUUGCCUGAGUUGCAGGGCCAAAUAAAUCACAAAAAAAACCAUUAUAACUUAAAUAUUCUGUAUAUGGUUAUGUCAAAAAUUACGUUCUAUAUCUGACUACCAUUAGGUUCUUACGGAGAAGGGAAACUGGCAAAUGCAGAGCGAAAUCUAUUUCGCUGGAUAUGUGGGUUAGUUCAAGUGGAAGUGUAUUUUUCCGCUCGUCAAUUCCGCCUAUGAAAAUUCCGCGUUUAAUCCGUCAUGUGUGUCAGGUUCCCUUCUCCCUAAGAAACAAAUUCCAGUUCAGUACUAUACAGAUAUAGAAUGUAAGUUUUGACAUAAACAUAGAGAGAAUAUUUUUAAAACAAAGUAAUAAUAGGCGUAGUUACUUACCCGCAUCCGAAACAUUUUUACGUUUCUGAGUUAAUUGAAUUAAUUUAUCCACAUCCAUCAUUCCACUAAUGAAUAACAGGGACGCAUAUAAAGUUAACAAAACCCUAAUAAAAUAACCGAACCUUCAACGACCGAUUCGCUAGCGAAGUGUAUAGUAUAAACCUGCUAUCCUAUGGGUUUCUUCAAUUAAUCCACUGUGCUGAUGUGCACCAAUGGAUUUCGCGGCGGAUUCUAUGUGGACUCCGCCGACGGAAAUUACGCCAUGUGUGGAAUAGGACUUACAAUACAUCCCAGCAAGGAAGUUAUUGUGUUUUAAUUGUUGCAAGUUAGCAAUUUUCUUCUCAAAUGCGAAACUAUUCUCAUUUAGAAAAUUGACUAAAUAUACAUCCACUUUUUUAUAACUACUGAUCUCAGAAGCUUGAAGGUAAUCAAAUAAUUUGUACAGCAUGGGUAUUUCACUUCAUAAUGCAAAUUGUUGCAGAAGUAAAUAUGAUAAUUUUUUUACCUGUUUAAUCAAAAGUUACCGCAUUCAGUAUAGUAUUACAUUAUCUUAUACAUGGUUACCUUCAGUCGACCCGCUAGGAAUGAAAAUUGUGUGUGAAUGCUGAGCUCUUAUGACUUUGAAUGUUUUUUUUUUCCAUCGAAACAUUUCUUUGUAAUUUACUAAGGUCAUUUCGCAAAAUUUUUCGUGUCCUCAUCCAACCAAUUUGUUGAUCAUAGUAUAAAAAAGUUACUGCAUAAUUUUAUUUCGGGAAAUUUUGAUUAAAAAAGUUAACAAAAAAACAUGAUAUAUUUGCACAUCACUUGUUAGUAAAAUACAUCAAUUUAGUUUUAAUUAGGUUGUGAUACUCACUCUUUCCGUUGAGAAAUAAAUUUUUUUUGCAGAAUUUCAUUUAGUACUUUUAUUAUUCGACAUUUAAGCAUAAGCCAUAACAAACAAAUGAGUGAAACAGGCCUUAAUGAAAUUAUCUUAAGGUUUCUAACUG